GCUUCCGGCUCGCACGUCCGGUUCCUUUCCCGGCAGACAACCGAGGGGGGUACGAUGAAGUCAGGGGGUGGCGCCGCCGCUCCCCGGCAGCCGCGGGCGGGAGAUGCUGCCAAGGAUCCGGGAUGCCUCUCUAGAGCAUGAGCUUGGGCGAGAGCACCUACUCCAGUUGCUUCUCUGGGGGUGCCACCAGCCUUCCCUCGCCAGACCUCAGCAGCAGGACCAAAAUGGAAACGACCUUCGGUCCCACUUUUUCAGCUGUCACCACCAUCACUAAAGCCGAUGGGGCCAGUACCUACAAACAGCACCGCCGGACACCCUCAUCCUCCAGCACCCUUGCUUUCUCCCCACGGGACGAGGAGGACAGCAUGCCCCCCAUCAGCACUCCACGCCGCUCCGACUCGGCCAUCUCUGUCCGCUCCCUCCACUCCGAGUCCAGCAUGUCCCUGCGCUCCACAUUCUCACUGCCUGAGGAGGAGGAGGAGCCGGAGCCGCUGGUGUUUGCAGAGCAGCCCUCGGUGAAGCUGUGCUGCCAGCUGUGCUGCAGUGUGUUCAAGGACCCCGUGAUCACCACCUGUGGGCACACGUUCUGCAGAAGAUGUGCCUUGAAGUCAGAGAAGUGUCCCGUGGACAAUGCCAAGCUGACGGUUGUGGUGAACAACAUUGCGGUGGCCGAGCAGAUUGGGGAGCUCUUCAUCCACUGCAGGCACGGUUGUCGGGCUGCAGGGGCGGGGAAGCCCAGUGUCUUUGAAGUGGACCCCCGAGGGUGCCCCUUCACCAUCAAGCUCAGUGCCCGGAAGGACCACGAGAGCAGCUGUGACUACAGGCCCGUGCACUGUCCCAACAACCCCAGCUGCCCGCCGCUGCUGAAGAUGAACCUGGAGGCCCACCUCAAGGAGUGUGAGCACAUCAAGUGUCCCCACUCCAAGUACGGGUGUACAUUCAUCGGGAACCAGGACACGUAUGAGACACACCUGGAGAGCUGCCGCUUCGAAGGCCUGAAGGAAUUUCUACAGCAGACCGAUGACCGCUUCCAUGAGAUGCACGUGGCACUGGCCCAGAAGGACCAGGAGAUCGCCUUCCUGCGCUCCAUGUUGGGCAAGCUGUCAGAAAAGAUCGACCAGCUGGAGAAGAGCCUUGAGCUCAAAUUUGAUGUCCUGGAUGAGAACCAGAGCAAGCUCAGUGAGGACCUCAUGGAGUUCCGGAGGGAUGCAUCCAUGCUGAACGACGAGCUGUCCCACAUCAACGCGCGGCUGAACAUGGGCAUCCUAGGAUCCUAUGACCCGCAGCAGAUCUUCAAGUGCAAAGGGACCUUCGUGGGCCACCAGGGUCCCGUCUGGUGUCUCUGUGUCUAUUCCAUGGGUGACCUCCUUUUUAGUGGCUCCUCGGACAAGACCAUCAAGGUGUGGGACACAUGUACCACCUACAAGUGCCAGAAGACCCUGGAAGGCCACGAUGGCAUUGUGUUGGCUCUCUGCAUCCAGGGGUGCAAACUCUACAGUGGCUCUGCAGACUGCACCAUCAUAGUGUGGGACAUUCAGAACCUGCAGAAGGUGAACACCAUCCGGGCCCAUGACAACCCUGUGUGCACCCUGGUGUCCUCCCACAACAUGCUCUUCAGCGGCUCCCUGAAGGCCAUCAAGGUCUGGGACAUCGUGGGCACCGAGCUGAAGUUGAAGAAGGAGCUCACAGGCCUCAACCACUGGGUGCGGGCCCUGGUGGCAGCCCAGAGUUACCUUUACAGUGGCUCCUACCAGACAAUCAAGAUCUGGGACAUCCGGACCCUCGACUGCAUCCACGUCCUGCAGACGUCUGGCGGCAGUGUCUACUCGAUUGCUGUGACAAAUCACCACAUUGUCUGUGGCACCUACGAGAACCUCAUCCACGUGUGGGAUAUCGAAUCCAAGGAGCAGGUGCGGACUCUCACGGGCCACGUGGGCACUGUGUAUGCCCUGGCGGUCAUCUCAACACCUGACCAGACCAAAGUCUUCAGUGCAUCCUAUGACCGGUCCCUCAGGGUCUGGAGCAUGGACAACAUGAUCUGCACGCAGACCCUACUGCGCCACCAGGGCAGUGUGACCGCACUGGCUGUGUCCCGGGGUCGGCUCUUCUCAGGGGCUGUGGACAGCACUGUGAAGGUGUGGACAUGCUAAUAGAAUCCAAGCCAAGCCUUGGCUCCCCCUGGACCUGUCUGAGCCCGGUUGGCCAUACAGAGUGGCCUCAGGGUUUCUCCCUGCCUUGUAGGGAUGGACUCAGGCAGCAGGGCAGUGCCCUCCCUGCCUUAUUCCCUGCAGGCCUCCUUCUAGCCAGGGAAAAAUGCCCGGGCCCCCCUGUGGGUGCCAGGUACGACACUCUCCAAUCCACCCUUCACUCCCACUCCAAAUGGAUGGACUGCGGGCCUUUUUACUCACCUUUUCUACUGGUUUUAGACUGUAUAUAGAUUUUAUUACUUUCAGAUUGAAAUAAAAGCUGUACAGACUGUG